UACUGUCAAACAUCAACGCGCAAGUGGAUAAACGAAGCAAACACAACAAACAUAACCCCCAAGUUUAAAUUUCAGUAUCGAUUUCGAUUCCGCCGUUCUCGGAAAGGUUAUCAACGUUGUCGCAAAAACAAAAAGGCUAUCAUACUAGCAUACAACAGAACGAUGGCCGAACUUGACAAAAUUGAGGUUCGAGAUAUCACCCGCAUCGAGCGUAUUGGCGCCCAUUCGCAUAUCCGAGGAUUAGGGCUAGACGAUGUUUUGGAAGCGCGCUCAGUUUCGCAAGGCAUGGUAGGGCAAAAAGACGCCCGUCGUGCCGCUGGCAUUGUAGUGCAGAUGGUACGCGAGGGCAAAAUAGCCGGACGUUGCAUCUUACUGGCCGGGGAACCAAGUACCGGUAAGACAGCUAUCGCUGUUGGAAUGGCACAGGCUUUAGGAAACGAAACCCCAUUUACUAGUAUGUCUGGCUCGGAAAUAUAUUCCCUUGAGAUGAACAAAACCGAAGCGCUUUCCCAGGCUCUACGGAGGAGUAUUGGUGUUCGAAUUAAGGAAGAAACCGAAAUUAUCGAAGGAGAGGUCGUGGAGAUUCAAAUAGAUCGACCUGCAACGGGAACAGGACAAAAAGUUGGUAAAGUAACUAUAAAAACUACCGAUAUGGAAACCAACUACGACCUUGGUAACAAGAUUAUUGAAUGCUUCAUGAAGGAGAAGAUUCAGGCUGGAGAUGUCAUCACGAUUGACAAAGCUUCCGGUAAAGUAAGCAAGCUAGGCAGAAGUUUUACCAGAGCACGGGACUAUGAUGCCACCGGAGCUCAGACUAGAUUUGUUCAAUGCCCGGAGGGUGAACUGCAAAAGAGAAAGGAAGUCGUUCAUACCGUGACACUUCAUGAAAUUGACGUUAUUAAUAGCCGAACUCACGGAUUCCUGGCACUUUUCGCGGGUGACACCGGAGAAAUUAAACAGGAGGUACGCGAUCAAAUCAACAGCAAAGUACUGGAGUGGCGUGAAGAGGGAAAAGCGGAAAUCAAUCCUGGAGUACUGUUUAUCGACGAAGCACAUAUGCUAGAUAUUGAAUGUUUCUCUUAUCUCAAUCGAGCGCUUGAGAGUGAUAUGGCUCCGGUAGUAGUUAUGGCCACCAACCGUGGCAUAACCAAGAUUCGCGGAACAAAUUACCGCAGUCCCCAUGGUAUUCCGAUCGAUUUACUUGACCGGAUGAUCAUUAUAAGGACCGUCCCUUAUUCAGCAAAAGAAAUCAAAGAAAUUCUCAAGAUCCGCUGUGAAGAGGAAGACUGUCAAAUCAAAGAUGAUGCAUUGAUGGUGUUGGGCCGCAUCGCAACGGAAACCAGUCUUCGGUAUGCCAUACAAUCGAUAACAACAGCUCAUCUGGUAAGUAAGCGGCGCAAGGCUACUGAAAUUACUGUAGAAGACAUUCGGAAAGUAUACUCUUUGUUUUUGGAUGAGAAACGCUCCAGUCAAAUUAUGAAGGAGUACCAGGAUGAGUAUAUGUUCUACGAUGAUGGUGUUCCGCAGUCGGAACAGGCAAUGGACGUUGAAACGAAUUGAAUUGGGUUAUAACUUUAAAGUUCAAAGACAUAUUCCAGAGUGAUGGAGAUUUUCGCUAGUAAUAACUAAACUUUAAGUUGAGGGAACUCACGAUAAAUAAAAUCAGCUUUCGUUGUGAGAAAA